AUGGCAACACCACCGUUAACGCCGAGGAUGCUGACGCCGACGACAAUGUCGCCAAUCGGGAGUCCAAAAUCGAAGAAAUCGCUGGCGGCGGUACGGCCGGAGAUCACGCUGGAGCAGCCGUCUAGUAAGAACAAAUCGGCCGGCUCCAAAUCGACGAAGCUCUUCCGCCGCGUGCGCUCUGUGUUCCGAUCGCUUCCGAUCAUGUCUCCGAUGUGUAAAUUCCCCGUGGGAGGGACGAGGCUCCACGAGAACCACGUCCACGGAGGGACACGUGUCACGGGAACGCUGUUCGGGUACCGCAAAACGCGGGUGAAUCUAGCGGUUCAAGAGAAUCCGCGUUCUCUCCCGAUUCUGUUGCUGGAGCUAGCGAUCCCGACGGGGAAACUCCUCCAGGAUCUCGGGGUUGGGUUGGUGAGAAUCGCGCUGGAGUGCGAGAAGAAACCGAGCGAGAAAACCAAAAUCAUAGACGAGCCGAUCUGGGCUUUGUACUGUAACGGGAAGAAAUCGGGUUACGGGGUGAAGAGGCAGCCGACGGAAGAGGAUCUGGUGGUGAUGCAGAUGCUUCACGCGGUUUCGAUGGGGGCAGGGGUGUUACCGGUGAGCAGCGGCGGCGGAGGAGAGACGGAGCAAAGUGGAAGAGGAGGAGGGCAACAACAGGAAGGGGAUUUGACGUACAUGAGAGCACAUUUCGAGAGAGUGAUUGGGUCGAGAGACUCGGAGACGUAUUACAUGAUGAAUCCAGACGGGAACAGUGGACCUGAGCUCAGUAUCUUUUUCGUUCGGGUCUAA